AUGGAGUUUGCUAACUCGGAUGAGGCGUGUCGUUUCUAUGAGCAAUACAGUCGAGCAAAGGGUUUUGCCAUGCGACAAGGGAAGAAAAUGAAGAAUAGGAAGGGUGAAAUUGUUCGCUACAUGUACCUGUGCAAUAGAGAAGGAUUUAGACAUAGAAAAUGGCUUCAGAUGCAAGAUCGGAAGAGGGAGCACAAGGUUGUAACCCGCUGCGGGUGUCAGGCUGAGAUGAGGAUAAAGCGGAAAGCCGAUAGCACCAGUUGGUAUGUGUGUCGUUUUGUGGAUGAGCAUAACCACGACCUUCUUCCAGCAAAGUUUGUGUCAUACCUGCCAGCUUACAGGAAAAUAUCAGAUGUUGAUGUAGCCCACAUCGAAAGUUUGAAGCAAGUUGGGAUUUCAAUUCCAAAACUUUAUGAGUCUAUUGCUGCCCAGGCGGGGGGUUUUAACCUAGUUUCAUUCACGAAGAGAGAUAUGUAUAAUGUGGUUAGGCGGCAACGUGAAAUGCACUACGGCGAUCUAAAUGCCGCAUUACGGUAUUUCAAUUCUUGUGCAAGGGUAGAUGAGAACAUGUAUUGGCGAUACCAGGUUGGGGAUGAGCAACAAAUGUGUGAUCUGUUUUGGAGUGACGGGUGUAGUCAACAUGAUUACAAAAUAUUUGGUGAUGUUUUGGCAUUUGAUGCGACGUAUGGACGAAACAAGUACAAUCUGCCGGUGAUUGUGUUUUCCAGGGUGAACCACCACAACCAAACAUGUGUCUUCGGUGCAGCCAUGGUGUCUUCUGAAACACAAGCGGCAUAUGUGUGGGUGUUGGGAAGGUUUUUGGAGAGCAUGGGAGGGAAAGCGCCUAAAGCGGUUAUUACUGAUGGGGAUAGAGCAAUGCGGCUUGCCAUUCAGGAAGUGUUUCCAGAGGCUCAUCACAGGCUUUGUGCAUGGCACCGACUGAAAAAUGCAACUGUAAAUGUGUGUAAGCCUCGCUUCACAACUCUGCUUAGAAAUUGCAUGCUUGCUGAUGUUGAGGUUGAGUAG